CCCGAUUACGCUGACGUGUCGCGUGCGCUGCUCUUCCGGUACUAUUUAACUUUACGAUGAAUCUACACCCCCACGAUAUAACCAGAGAUGCCCAGUGGGGAAGAAGAGCGAGGCCGCCGGACGAUGGGAGAGGAAGCCUUGACAUCGGUGGCGCCGCCGUCAUCCUCCUCAUCCCCCCUCCGCCUCCUCGGCAUCCUCAAGCAGCCCGACUCCGAAACGGUACUCCACCUCGAGCUCGACGAGAGCGACGUGGUCUGGUCCACCGCCUACGAUGAGCGUGAUUCCUUCGACGGCUUAUCCUCCAUCUCGUCGAAUCUCGUCCGAAGCCCUCUCCCGGAUUCUUCCUGCUCGCCUUCCAGCCGACUCCAUCCCUUCGGUCCGGAAAGGAACGGCCUUUCAGCCGCGCUGGCGCAGGACGGGCUCCCUCUGGUGCUUCAGCGGCGCCUGACGUCGAGGUCCACGCGGACGGUAGCGGUAGCGGUGCCGGCGGGGAAGGCGCAGGAUUCUUCGGUGGUUGGGAUGGUGGGCCGCCAUCAAUCGGCGCCGGUGAACAUCCCGGCGUGGCCGAGUUGGAGGAAGGGGCGGAAAGCUGAUGUCUUGGAUGGAUGGGAGGAAGAGGAUGGCUGGGCGGACGAGAAGGCCGACAAGGAGGAGCCAGAGGAGGAGGGGAUGCUGCCGCCGCACGUUAUCGUGGCGAGAUCGAACGAGAUCACGUUCUCGGUGUUCGAGGGCGUGGGAAGGACCCUCAAGGGAAGGGAUCUCCGACGAGUGAGGAACGCCGUGCUGCAGAAGACCGGCUUCCUCGACGCGUAGGAGGCCAAAAGCCAUCGCCUUUCCUCCCCUGUUUCAUCGUCUUUUAUUUGGUUAUGCGUGGACGUUCUUCCAGUAAACAUAACGCUCGAGCAUCUGUAUGACUGUUCUAACCUUAAGUGCAACAAUGGUUUAUGGAUCCCAAGAA